CUGGAGGUUGGAACACAAAGAACAGAGCCGGCAGACCUAAGAUUUAGAGGCAGUGACCUGGUUGCUGUGGCUGCUGUGGCCUGGGGGGAGACCUACUAUGUGCAGACACCCUGAGACGAUCCCUGCCUGCCUUGUUGAUCUCCAAGUGGGGGAACAGUGACAGCCCAUGGACAAGAACUUGGGCUUCAGAACUGGGCAGCCCUGCUGCCACCUUAUUCCUGAAAUAUCUAAGGCAGCUGUGUUAUCUUGUUCUGUUUGUUUUGUUUUUUCCUUUAAUAAGUGUGUUAGUUCAGAUCUUCCAAGAAGCAGACACUAGGAUGAGAUUAGACGUGCAAGAAAUUUAAUGGUGGCAACGUAUAAAAGGGAGGGGAACUGGAGAAAUCAGGGAGAGCUUCAGACAGCGAUUUGAGGCUGGUCCCUGUGCAGGAGGUUUGGGCAGGAAGUCUUGGACUGCAGUGUGGUUCCACAAAAGGUUCAGCCAGGCUGACAGGGAGUCUUUGAGAUAAAGUUGCCUGUUCAGGGAGUCCUACGUUUCACUCAGUCAUUGACCCGGGACAGUCUGUGGAGAGUGUGCAUCCGCUGGAUGGUGGAUCCAGAGGGACAGCAGCUGGGGACACCCAUCAGUUAUGCUCCACCCCCACAGGAGAUCUGAUCAGUUUCACAGCCACCAUGCCGAGUCACAUGUGGAUAUGGGAACCUGGGAGCUCAUGUCGGAAGAAAGUGACUCCCUGAGAACCAGCCCUUCUGCAGCCUCACUUUCGGAAAGUGAGCUGCCGCCGCCCGCGACACCCACCGGCUAUGUGUGCUCGCUGACCGAGGACCUGGUCGCCAAAGCCAGGGAGGAGCUGCAGGAGAAGCCGGAAUGGAGACUUCGCGAUGUCCAGGCCCUCCGGGACAUGGUGCGCAAGGAGUGCCCGAACCUGAGCACCUCCCUCGAGGACGCCUUCCUGCUGCGCUUCCUCCGAGCCCGCAAGUUUGACUACGACCGGGCUCUGCAGCUCCUGAUCAACUAUCACAGCUGCCGGAGAAGCUGGCCGGAAGUCUUCAACAACCUGCGGCCGUCGGCCUUGAAAGAGGUCCUGGCUUCCGGAUUCCUCACCGUGCUGCCCCACACCGACCCCAGGGGCUGCCACAUCCUCUGCCUCCGCCCAGACAGGUGGAUCCCAAGCAACUAUCCAAUUACCGAAAACAUCCGGGCCAUAUACCUGACAUUAGAAAAACUCAUUCAGUCUGAAGAAACCCAGGUGAAUGGAAUUGUAAUUCUUGCAGACUACAAAGGAGUGAGCUUAUCAAAGGCAUCUCAUUUCGGCCCUUUUAUAGCCAAAAAGGUGAUUGGCAUCCUUCAGGACGGUUUCCCCAUUCGGAUAAAAGCAGUCCACAUAGUGAAUGAACCUCGAAUAUUUAAAGGCAUUUUUGCCAUCAUAAAACCAUUUCUGAAGGAGAAAAUAGCAAACAGAUUUUUCCUUCAUGGGUCUGACCUGAACUCUCUCCACACGAACCUUCCAAGAAACAUUCUCCCCAAGGAGUACGGGGGCACGGCCGGAGAGCUGGACAUCACCACCUGGAACGCGGUGCUGCUGGCCUCGGAGGAGGACUUUGUGAGGGAGUUCUGCCAACCCGGCCCUCCCUGCGACAGCAUCCUGGGCCAGGCCCUGCCGCCCGAGGGGCUGAGCGCAGAGGCACCGUGUGAUGACUCCAUGCGGGCUGUGAAGUCACAGCUGUACUCCUGCUACUAGCCAGCCCCCUGUGAAUGUCACCAUCUUUAAAACCUUUCUUUCUUUCUUUGGAGAGGCCCAAGGAGAUUUUGAGGUGCCAUGGAUUGCCUUGCUCCUUGUAACAGAACUGCAGCAAGGAGGAAAAGCCUGUAGAGCUCUGAGGUGAGCCACGGGGUGAGCCUUUGGUUGCUUGAAGGACUGUAUGGAAGACAUGAAGAAAGCCCCCCAGCAAUUCCAAAUGUUUGGAAUCUCAGUGCAAACCAUUCAUCUGAAAGCUGUAUCUGGUUCUUACAGAUCUCAAUGCGAGAAAAAUCAGGAAGUCACUUUGAUUCCACGUUCCAGGAGAAAUACAACCUGACUGGCCAGUCAGCACACUCCUAUGAAACAGGUUGGCCAAGGCUGCGAGGUGGCCACACCUGAGAUAAUGGGAGUUUGUGUCCUUCACAUGAACCCUGACUACAGACCUCUGUUGCUCAUCAAGAAACUUUGUUUGAGGUCCAUCACUGGGUCUGGACCUUCACGGAAUCAUGCAAGCACUGGAACAGAAGCAGCACCUCCUGAUCAAAUUUGGGAGCCAGGGACCUCACGCACCUCUGGGAUUCAUGGGUUGAAUCUUGCAAUAGAAACUUAGAAGUUUUCCCAAACCCAUAAAGCCUUAGUUCUGGUUCUCAGUAGAAUCAUACAUGAUCCUAGAUGUGAUUUUACUCAACCUAAAAGACUAGAUGCCAGUCCUGUAUAGCUAAAAGAAUUCUCACCUAAGAAUUAAGAGACCUGGGACCCAGCCUUAGAUGUGUUUCUGUGGAAAAUACAAGACCCUCUGUGGGCCUCAGCUUCCUCAUCUGUAAAAUGAGGCUGAAUGAAGUCAUCCCGAGGGCCGUUUUGGCCACUCCCAGGGUUCUGCGAUUUGGUUUAGUUAUUGAAUGUUAGACAUCAGUUUUCUGCCUAGAAAGAGGACUCUCUAGAUACCAGUGGCUGGAUCCUGUUUUUUUGUGGGAUGCAUGGGUCUUUCCAAGAGGGAUGUGUCAUUUUGGGGCCCUGUCUUUAAAGAAACAAGUGGACUUGGCAAUACCCAUUUUUCUCUUCAGUGUGAGGGUUAAGCUUGAAAAGGACGGCCUUUGUGAGGGCAGGUGAGAUGCCCAGGAUUGUGGACGAAUUCCUUCCAUCCCUGAGCCUCUGGCGGUAUAUUUUAAACCUGGCAAUGGUGAGUGGUUCAGUUACUUGGGAUUCUUAAAUUUUGGCCACUGGAAAUGAAUGCAAGGGCAAGUUAUUCUAGGACAUCCCCCACCCCAAACCCACUUGAGUUUCUCUCGUGUCUAGCCAGACUGAAUGUUAGUUCUGCAUUUCAGCACUUUAGACCCUUCCUGUCAAGAAUUUAGCCUUAGCCCAAGCAUCAGAUUAGGUGGUUCAUCUCAUGGCUUUUGACCUGUUUCCUUUCAUAUUUAUUCCGUGCAAAUUGUGGUGUUAAAAAGUGAUAGGUACCUUCUCUGUGCAUUUGUUAGAAUACCAGGCAAACUGGAUGGCUCAGUUAGGACUAGAACAGUCCUCUGAAAUUUAAAGGCCGGUAAGUUGUUAAUAAGCUAUCUAUCUCUCUAGCACUUUUAAAAGUGUCUGGAGAAGUUGUUGGUGGAAAUGACUUACCUCAUUAGUGCCAAUUCUAGGGAGAACUCUUUUCAUCAUAGAUACAAACCCUGGAUGCUCUAGGGAUCUGCCUGACUGGGUAGUAUCAAAAUGCACACCCCUGGCUGCCUCUGGUCCCAUCUGACAAUGAUAGUGUGACCAAUCAUUGCUGGAAAGGUCCAAAUAGGACAAGUGGGAUGGCUAUAGUAGAGGGUUCAGAACCCAACUGCCUGGGUGGGAGAAUUGGUCAGAGGCCUUCUUAAGUCCCAAAGAGGACAGAGAGAUUAAAUAAAACAAAAAGGUUAGCCAUGAAUCGUUCAAGUUUCCAAGGUUUAAACUGUGCAUUGCGUUCCUGGCCAAUUGCCUUUGUCUACGUGUCUUACAUAGGGAUGGCCAAGUUCACCUCAAGAAAUUUUUCAAAGAUGAGGAAGGAUGUUGCCCAUUUUCCAGGCCUUCGCAGCUGGAUCAAGGAGCUGUUUCAUUCAGCUUCUGAAAGGAGCCGAGGGUUGUCUACCUUCUGGGGCUGCUGUGUUUUAUGUGGGCUCCAGAGAGAUCAAAUGAUUUUGGCACCUCAGGAGGUUUGAACCAAGCUGUGAAACCAGGACCUCCUGGGUGGAGUACAUGGCCGUCUCCGCAUGGCUUCACCAGGCGUCUGUGUGAAGUUGCCCCAGCAGGGUGGGGGACUGACCACGGGAGCACCCCAGGAGCUUCACUCAGCAGUGGGGGCACAGUGAUGGAGCAAGUAAUUGAACACCUGGAGAACUGCGAGUGUUUUCCUUCAGGGAAGAGUUCUGAUCCAUUUCACAAACACCUGAAAAUGAACUUUUCCCACAAUUCAGGGUAGCAUGGUGUAGGUAAGGGAAAGGAAUAGUAAACCAGGAGACCCGAGGUCCAGCUUUACUGUGCCACGUGGCCUCAGGUCAGCCACUGAACAUCCCUGAAUCCUCAUGUGAUAAAAGGGAUCUACACUCGGAGCUCUGAACCCUGUUUCUGGCAUCAGAGGUUUUGUUCUUUCUUUCCCCCCACAUCUGGGUGAUUCUUUAGGAAAUUUAGGUCAAUGAACUGACACCUAAAUCUUCCAAAUGAAUCUGUAAGCUUGAGUGAUUGGGGGGGGCGGGGGGUGUUCUUCCUCCUCUUCUACACAGAAUUCUGGAAAAUUGUGCUUCUUCUGGAAUCCUGUUCUACCUUCACGGCCAAGGCUGGAAGAAAUCUACAGAAAUAGCCAGAAGCGCAACCCUGGCUUCCCCUCUGGAGUUUCUCAUUUGCUCUUGGCAUAGGUGGCUUUGGCUCCCUAGUACUUCAUCCCACUUUCACAGGAGCCACCUGUCCCUAGAGGUUUACAAAAACUUCAGUUCACAAGAUACAUUUUUGCCAGAAAUAGGGUAAUAGAUAUUUUCCCUGAAUUCCUAUGAGAUAUUGAGCCUUUCAGAGUUCUCCCUGGGUGAGCAGUUGCUUUAAAUGCCAUCUGAUUCUCAGAUCAGUCACGGGAUUGCUUUUUCAUUUGGGUAGACAAAAGCUAUAGUACUGCUGUGGCAUUAUUAUAAUACCUCAUUUUAAGGUGUUCCUUUGAAACCUCUUCUUUCAUUUAGGAAGUAAAAUGUUCGUUAAGCUGAUGAUGUAAGUAUGGAUGUCCUGUGGCAUGAGAGGUGUGGAGAUAGCAAAUGGAAACGUAUCAACUGUUCAGGAAAGAUGUCAGUUCUGGUCACACUCUUCAGUAUUGGGAUCUGUAUUUUGUAAAUCUCAAGUAAAUUCCUUUCUGCUCUCCUUACUCAGAAAUGGUUUGCUUGAAAUACAAGUAAUAAACAUUAGAAUCAGAUAUUCUUCCUUUAUAGCACUUGAUUCAUGGGAAGUCGCAGGGUGAUUUGUGGAUGGAGAUGCUAGUGACCACUUUAUUCUUCGCCAAUUAGCUGCUUUUCCUUUCAUCUCACUGGGCGCUGUGUUUAGGUGCGCAGUUAAGUAGCUGCCAUGGGGAUUCUUGUGGAUGUGCCUCGGCCUCUUGGCGUAUCAGGUGGGAACCUGUUACAAAUGAAAUACUUGAAACUUCUCUGGGGCCAAGAGCCUCCGACACCACUCUGAAGGGGUGAGAGGUGGACUAAUUCUGUGACCAGAUUGGGGCACCAUUUUGGUCACUGGUUGCAUUCCUCGCUUCAAACUGAAAUUCAGUUUGGCUUCAAGUAUAGCAACACAUGGUGGAUUCAUCUACUUCAGUGUCUGUUUUGAUCAAAAGUUUAUUUUUCUAGUGCAUUUUCUAAGUCAAAAUGGUGAAAAUGUAAUUUUAGUAUGCAUGACUGGGUCUUAAAUAAUAAAAAUCUCUGUCAGGUU